UCAAUACGGGACUAGAAACAAACGGAGGAAUUAACACAGUCGCCGGUUCUUUUCCAAAACCUAGAGGCUAGAGCCGGUCAGAGACCAACUAUGCCGUUGAUCAUUCUCAUGCUUUCGCUCGUCUACUUCAGGUAAUUCUCGAUAAAACCAACUGUCCACUGUUUGGCUAUCGAGAAAAUAUGAAAAACAAAAAAUUUUUGUAGUCUCGGAUCCAGAACUUUACAUUUCCAGUGGUACAAAUAAGGAAGAAAGAUGAUUUGGGAGUUUAAAUCAUGGUUAUUUAACUCGAAUUUCACUGAUUAACUUCAUACGUGUUUAUUUUCUUUGACUUCCUAUUGUUGUUAAGAUGAUGGAGGCUUGCAGCUACUGAAACAACCAUAAAUUAAAAGUGAUUAUUAAGGGUUGGGUUUGAUUUUUGGUUUGUAAUUGUUGGAAUGAGUCCAACUUUACGUCCUAGGCAUGUAGCUGCUGUGGUGAGAUAUCAAAAGGAUGCCCUCAAAGCACUUGAAAUGUUCAAUUCGGUGAAAAUGGAUGGUGGGUUUAACCACACACUGUCUACAUAUAAGUGCAUGAUUGAAAAACUUGGGUCUCAUGGGGAAUUCGACGCCAUGGAGAAACUGCUGAUGGAGAUGAGGAUGAAGGUUGAUAAUAGAUUUCUAGAAGGAGUGUAUAUUGGAGUUAUGCGGAAUUAUGGAAGAAAAGGGAGGAUACAAGAGGCUGUUGAUGUUUUUGAGAGGAUGGACUUCUAUAAUUGUGACCCUUCAGUUUUAUCUUACAAUGCAAUCAUGAACAUAUUGAUUGAAAACGGACAUUUCAGUCAAGGGCACAAAAUUUAUCUGAGAAUGAGAGAUAAAGGGAUUAUGCCUGAUGUCUACACAUUCACGAUUAGGAUUAAGUCCUUCUGUAGGACUGGCAGGCCUCAUGCUGCACUGAGGCUUCUUAAAAACAUGCCUUCUCAAGGAUGUGAAAUUAAUGCAGUUGCAUAUUGUACAUUGAUAGGUGGGUUUUAUGUAGAGAAUUAUCAACUUGAGGCAUAUGAGUUGUUUUGUGAGAUGCUUAGACUAAGUGUAUGUCCGGAUAUCAGUAGGUUUAACAAGCUUAUACAUACCCUUUGUACGAAGGGAGAUGUCAAAGAAAGUGAAAAACUGCUCAGUAAAGUUAUGAAAAGAGGAGUUUCUCCAAAUCUAUUUACAUUUAACAUCUUCAUCCAAGGUCUUUGCAAGAAAGGUGCAUUUGAUGCAGCAAUUAGUUUGCUGGACAGAGUGAGAAGGGAGGGUCUUACUCCGGAUCUUAUCUCAUAUAACACAUUAAUUUGUGGCUUGUGUAAGAACUUUAAAGUUGUGGGAGCUGAAUCCUAUCUGCGUAAAAUGGUUAAUGAAGGGUGUGAGCCUGAUGUAUAUACAUACAACAUUAUAAUUAAUGGGUAUUGCAAACUGGGUAUGAUACAGAAUGCUGAUAAAAUUCUCAGUGAUGCAAUCUUUAAGGGGUUUGUGCCUGAUGAGCUCACUUAUUGCUCCUUAAUAGAUGGUUUAUGCCAGGAUGGUGACAUAGACCGUGCCAUGGCUGUCUUUAAUGAAGCAUUAGAAAAAGGUUUAAAGCCUAAUAUUAUACUGUACAACAAACUAGUCAAAGGUUUGUCUAAUCAGGGACUUAUUUUGCAAGCCUUGCAGCUGAUGAAUGAGAUGAUGGAUAAUGGAUGCAGCCCCAACAUAUGGACGUACAAUGUAGUUAUAAAUGGAUUGUGCAAAAUGGGUUUAGUCUCUGAUGCGAAUAACCUCAUGAAUGAUGCCAUUGCCAAAGGAUACCUCCCUGACAAUGUCACUUUCAAUAUAUUGAUAAAUGGUUACUGUAAACAGUUGAAAAUGGAUGAUGCAAUUGAAAUUAUAGAUACAAUGUGGUCUUAUGGUGUUACUCCUGAUGUUGUCACUUUUAAUUCUGUCUUGGAUGGCCUUUGCAAGGCUGCAAAAUAUGAAGCUGUGAUGGAAACCUUAGAAGUAAUGAUUGAGAAAGGAUGUGUUCCUAACAUAAUCACAUACAAUAUACUAAUGGAGAGCUUGUGCAAAAGUCGACGAGUUAAUGAAGCUCUGAACUUGCUCAAAGAAAUAGAGAACAAGGGUCUGACCCCAGACAACGCAACUUUUGGCAUGCUGAUCCAUGGAUUUUGCAACAAUGGAGAUUUGGAUGAGGCCUACCAACUAUUUAGAAGAAUGAAACAACAAUAUGAGGCAUCCCAUACAACAGCAAUAUACAAUAUCGUAAUCAAUGCCUUUUCUGAAAAGCUAAAUAUAGACGUGGCUGAAAGACUUUUUCACGAGAUGGAUGAGUACAGCUGUGUCCCUGAUGGUUACACUUACCGAGUCAUGAUUGAUGGCUUCUGCAAAACCGGAAAUGUUGAUGCUGGGUACAAAUUGCUCCUAGAAAAGAUCGAGAAGGGAUUCACUCCAUCAUUGACAACCUUUGGGCGGGUAAUAAACUGUCUUUGUGUGAAGCAUAGGGUUAGUGAAGCAGUUGCUAUAAUCUACCUCAUGGUACGCAAGGGUGUUGUCCCCGAGGUUGUCAACACAAUUUUUGAGGCUCAUAAGAAGGAGGUGGCUGCGCCUAAGAUUGUUGUGGAGGACUUGUUGAAAAAGGGUCAUAUAACUUAUCAUGCCUAUGAACAUCUAUACGAUGGCAUUAGAGAUAAAAAACUACGGAAGAAAAAGGUUAGGUAGCCACGUGAUUCAGAAAUAGCUCAAAUUACUUCUACGGAUCAACUUCUUGAUUGGAAAUGAAGAUUGCAUAGCUGCUCCAUGGAUUUGUCCCAAAGUUUCUCCAGGUAUCAGAGGCUGUACAUAUGAAUCAGUUGGAGGUGGGUCUAGUGGCAUCUUCAAAGGUCUUUCUGCAGUAGACAUGGUACCUCUGUAAUUCAUUUUUACCUCCUAUGUGGUGCAUAUCUUUGUAACUCAAUGAAAUUUAUUUGCUUUGCUAUCAUAGAUGAUCUGGAGUAUUUUGGCAUAUAUACUGACUAAAUCCCUUGUUGUUGAUAAAUGGGUCACAUCAAGGCAACUAUACUUUAUGGCACGAAGUAUUUGCAAGCUUGUCCUGGAAAGAGGUUCAGUUAUUCACAGAAGAAUCUGUCAGGUUCUGAAGUUAAGAAUGGUAUCUGCUCAAAAUUGGGUUUGAUGGGGUCAAUGAGGAGGAGAGUGCCAUAGGGGGUGGAGGUGAGAGAAACAGGGUGGUGGAUGUCCCCUUUCUUCAAAACUGGGUGGGGAACUAGAGGAGUAGGGAGGGGGAGAGAGAGCUCUCGGGGCUGGUGAAGAAAAUGCAGAAUCUAACGAAGAGGAAGAUGGGUGUUCUUCGGGUUGCGGUGUUGGCUUUUGGUGAGGAGAUUAUUGGGUCUUCGUUUUGGGAUUGGACUUUUCAACAUUGAUUGAGAAAACAUGGGAGUAUGGGAAUGGGAUUGUUAAAUUCUCAUUGUAUAUCAAAAGUGAAACAUAGGCUCAAUUUAGUGGGCCUACAUUGAAUAGUAUUCUCUACCAUCUCAAUUA